AUGAGCUGAUGUGCUGAGCAUCAUGGGACAGAGGGUUAUGACCUAACCAGGAAGCUCUGUCCUGCUGACUACUAGAUUGUACUGAUUACAAUUACAGGUGUGCAGGGGAUACUACAGCAGCGCUGAGGAGGGAUCUUCUGUGUUUUAAUGCAGGGAGCAAAUACUGCAAAUAUGGACACUGCAGGCAAAAUCAUAAAGUGCAAGGCAGCAGUAGCAUGGGAAGUUGGUAAACCUCUCAUGAUAGAGGAGGUGGAAGUUGAACCACCAAAAGCACAUGAAGUCCGUAUUAAGAUGGUAGCAACAGGAAUCUGUCGGACAGAUGACCAUGUAAUGAAGGGAGCUUUAGGAGAUAUAAACUUUCCUGUUAUUCUUGGCCAUGAAGGAGCAGGGAUAAUUGAAAGCAUUGGAGAAGGCAUUUUGGACCUAAAACCUGGUGAUAAAGUGAUUCCCUUGUGUAUUCCACAAUGUGGAAAGUGUAGCUCUUGUCUUAAUCCUAAUACCAACUGUUGUCUGAAAACACAUCUGAGCGAAUCACAGAAUGUAAUGCCUGACAAGACUACUAGGUUUUCAUGCAAGGGGAAGUCAGUAUACCAUUUCUUAUGGACAAGCACCUUUUCUGAGUAUACUGUAGUCCCAGUUGAUGCUGUAGCAAAAAUUAAUGACAACGCACCCAUGGACAAAGCUUGUCUUUUUGGCUGUGGAUUUCCAACAGGAUAUGGUGCUGCAAUCAACACUGCAAAGGUGGAGCCUGGUUCUACUUGUGCUGUGUUUGGUUUGGGUGGAAUUGGACUUUCGGCCAUAAUUGGUUGCAGAUCUGCUGGAGCGACAAGGAUUAUUGGUAUAGAUAUAAAUAGUAGUAAGUUUGAAAAGGCGAAAGCUUUUGGAGCCACAGAAUGCAUCAAUCCUCGUGACUACAAUAAGCCAAUUCAGGAGGUGAUAGUUGAAAUGACAAAUGGUGGAGUUCACUAUUCUUUUGAAUGCAUCGGAACUACAGAUACUAUGAAAGCAGCAUUGGAAUCUUGUCAUAUGGGAUAUGGGACCAGUGUGAUUAUUGGAGAAGCUUCUUCCACAGCACAAAUCUCCUUCAAUCCUCUUUUACUGUUCACUGGACGCACCUGGAAAGGAAGCAUUUUUGGAGGCUGGAAGAGUAAGGAAAGUGUCCCUCGAUUAGUUGAUGAUUACAUGCAGAAUAAAUUUAAUUUGGAUGAGCUUGUGAGCCACACUUUGCCAUUUAAUGACAUCAAUAAAGGAUUUGAACUUCUGCGCUCUGGAAAGAGUAUUCGCACCAUCCUGAUGUUCUGAUUUCCUAGAUUUACUGAAGAACUAGUGAGCAGUAUUAUCUCUGGUGGUUCACUACCGGUUAUGUAUAGUAAACGUAAUUUCAUAACCAUCUAAAACUUAUACAGAUAUGCAUUCUGUUGCUAAAUUAUAGAAAAUACAACUGUUAGAAUUAAUAUUUAGAUAUAAAAACGACUGAAAUCUAAUGUAAAUUACAUUAAAAUGAUGAAUUUGAUCUUCA